UUCUGCAAACUCAAUAUACAGGACUGAAAAACUUCACUACUCUUUUGAACUUUGCUAUUGCAAUGGCUGACAUAGAUCGCUCCUCUGAUGGUGUUUCUGCAGAUAUUACAGAGCAAUCCAGCCAAGCUUCAAAGGUUGAAUUUUCUGAAGAUGAGGAAAUCCUUAUUACUAUGGUAUAUAACCUAGUUGGGGAGAGAUGGUCUUUGAUUGCUGGAAGAAUUCCUGGAAGAAUUCCUGGAAGAACAGCAGAAGAAAUAGAGAAGUAUUGGACUUCAAGAUACUCGACUAGCGAAUGAAAUGCCAGAGAAUGAAGCAAGAUAUUAAAUUUUUGUGCCUGCAGAAGUUGCAAUAGUGACUCUGUGGGAUAUAUAAAGAAAGUAAAGUUUAUUAUGGGUGCUUGUGUUUGCAGUUUGCGAUGACCAUAUGGGGCAUGCCAUUUUAAAAUUAAGCCCGUGUAUGUAAUGUUACUUCAUCUUGUAAUGUUACAUGGUGUUAUAGAAAAUCUAUUAUUUACUAUUUUCAAGUAAGCAAGAGCAGGUUGAUUGCAGGCUACCCUGCCUUAUAUAUAUAUAUAUAU